AUGAUCUUAGAGUUCCAAAGAUUCACAAAAAAUUGUCAAUAACACAACCACACAACUAACCUAUCUGUUCGUUAUCUGAAAAAAUAAAUGACUCUCUAUGUGCCAAUUUGUAGAUAGUUUUCAUUUUUAGUUAGCACUCAUGUAGGGUAUGGCAUACAAGAGUAAGCAAGAUGAUUGCAAAAGGUUGUCCAAAAUGUGAUCAGCAGGUCCCAGUGGCUUGUAAAGCAUGUCCUUGUGGCUAUUCUUUCUUUAACGCACGAAAAACAGCGCAGUUACAGUUGUCACCAGGUGAAGAGUAUCGUAGGAGGACUGGUCGUGUUCGUAGAGAGAUUGAUUAUUAUGAUGGUUUAGACUACGAUAAGAAGCAAGAUCAAAUGAAGAAGAGCCGAACAAGUGAGUGUGAUGAUGAUGACAAUAUGUCCAGGAAGGAGUUGAAUAAAGCGAAGAGAAAAAAAGUUAAGAAGGAAGAGGAAGAUGAUGAUGAACUGGUAAUGAAUCUUAGUCCUGAAAAGCAGUUACAAUGCUCCUUAAUUUUGGAGGAACUCAAUAGGAAGAUGCAGGUGGUGACUUGGAAGCCCACUGAAUAAAAUUAUGUCCUCAUUAUGUCUAUUAUAGUAGUGGAAAAUGGAGCUUUGUAAUAGUUUCAUGAAUAAAAGAAACUAGAAUUAUGAAAUAAAUUUAUUGAAAAAGUA